UGUGGCUACAAGCUGUGUGUUAUGUAUGCAAAGGUGCAAAGCAGUGCUCAUGGUGUGGCUGUGCUGUCCUCCCUGCAGCUGUCUCAGGUGGGGACCAGGGCCCUUCAGGGCUGCCUGUGCCCCUCUGGCUGGCAGAGAUCUCACUGCCCUUUGAUUGGGAUCCUGUGGCUGGCUGCCUCAUCUCCUCAUGCCUGUAAUGCACAGCAAUGUCCCUCUGCAGUGCCACACUGCCUGGGACUUGUCAUGCUGGCCUGCUGACACGGACCAUGUCCCUCUGGGGGUCCUAUCAGCAGUGCUGUCCUCAGGAUUGUUUUUCAAGACAUGGUUAUUGGUUUAAUUUGCUUAAAAUUUGCCAUAAGGAGAAAUAGGCUAUGAGGUCUUUCUUCCUGGGAGGAACUUGCACCAGGCAAAACCUGUCACAGAGCAUUUGCUGCAUGCUAUCACACUGUUCUGCUAAGAAAAAGAGCAAGUGAAACUAAAAUAGUUUAUGUUGCUGUUGAAAUUUCACUCCAUUAUUCUGUAUAUUACAUGUACUUUUAGGAAGACCAGAUACUUUAGGAACCAGGUUGGUUGAUGCUUUACAUCCUGAAAUCUCAGGUCUCUGACACCUUUGUCUCUGCUGUAGAUAGUUUUGUUGUUGCACAAAAUCAUGAAUUUCAAUGGGGAGUAAGAAGAAAAGGAGCUCUCAGCCUUUCCCACAGAGUGGGAAGCCAUAAAGUAGAUGGAUUUAAUACACCAGGGUGAACUUACUGACCCUGUGAAGACUUCGUCUGAGCCCUUGAAGUCAUCUUUAAUGAUAUGAUCAGUUUUAAUACUUGGUGGUGGUUAUGCAAAUUUAGAGACUGAAAUAAUGCAUGUUAUAAGAUCUAGAGCCACUGUAGCUAAUAUUUUUGACUAUAUAAAGUUUGCCUACUUGGACUUUCUAGAAGAACUGUUUGUCUGCUACGUGCUGACAAAAGCUAAGCAGUCCUUAGUUUUCCCCUGGAAUCUCUUAAAUUACUUGUUCUUGUGUCUCUUCUGGGGAAAGAACACUACUUCAUACCAUAGGGAAUAUGUAUUUGUUCUGAAGGGUAAAUACGUGAUUUUGAAACUGUCGUUUUUUGAAGGAUUUUAAUCUAAUAUUUAGCACUCAAUGCAAAUUUAAUAACUCAAAUUUAUUUUGUUUGAAUGGGCCUCACACCAAAAGAGUAACAUAAAUAGCCAGUUAUUGGUGUUUUAUAGGAGGAUCAGGAGACAUACGAUCUGUAAGGCUUUAGAUUUUUUUAUUGUUUUCUUCUUUUCAAAUCCACGGUAAAACUAAUGGUGUGCACCUUAGGCAGAGUGUAUUAAGCUGCCACCUGAUCAAACCCUAUCACUGUUUUCAGUAAAGCAACUUUAUAAUUUGCAAAUAUUAUGAAUUAUGAAUAGUGAUUAUUUUGUGCUCACUUCUGGAUUCUGCAAGGAUUUGUCACCAAAAAAGCCCCAGUACAGCAGCACUCUUUAGCAAUUCCAUGUCUGAAGUUCUGUUUUGUAUUUGUUAACAUGUUUUUAAUUAAAAACUCAUAUUUUAUUAAAAUAAUCAGACAAUCUUAAAAGUGUUUCAAUUAUUGGCAGUUGAGAUAUUGCCUUUUUUAAUAUAAUUGUCUGUAUUGUUGACCUUUCUGUGACAUUUUCAGAGUCAGUGUCACAUUGAGUACACAUCUGGGGUCAUCUUUUUUUUGGUUUUCUGAUUUUGUUUUAAAAGCACCAUUAGCUUUGUCAUUUCACACUGUUUUACUUUCUAACAGUUUGGACCUUUCCUUUGUUAAGGCAACACUGGGGAGCUCUGUUGGCAUUUUUAAUACUUUGGGAUGCAUGCUUUCUGUUUCUGAAGAUCUAAAAAUAUUGUACAAGUGGUAAUUAUUUAAUAAAUUAUUUUUAAUAACUAGAAUGUAAUAAUCACUGUAGAACACUGAUAGAUCAUUCUACUUCUUUAUAUGUGGAAGAGAUACCUUUUGAACUCUUCUGCCUUUUGUCUCCUAAAGGAAACUUUAUCAAAAGAUAAAAGCUUUUAACUCUGAACUCAUUGCUGGGUAGCUUAGGUGUGCCUUUUGUUUAACUGAGAGCAUCAGCAGAGCAUGUGAAUUAGUGAAAGGUGAUGCUUUCAUGACCAGACUAGCCAGAAGAGUUUCAACCAUAGCCUUAAGAAUUCUACUUUUGUUGGGGGUUUUUGUUUGUUUUUUUUUAAUGUCUAAUGAAGCUUGAUCCAAAUAGAUUUGUCUUUAAGUGCCAAUUGAGGCACAAUUCAUUUUCUCAAGUCCAGCUAUGUUGGUAAAUUGGGUUUUGUUCAAAACUGGAAUAUAGAAAGAGUAAUGUUGAAGUGUUUUGGGAUCUGCUCUGUGAAUUCACUUUGAGGUGAAUAGAGCAGACAGCUCCUGGCCCUGAAAUCAACACAACUACAGGAGGGAUUUUGGUUAGUAAGAAAUAUCACAGCAAUAGAAAAGUUUCCUUUAGAAAACAGACUGUCUCCUCCUUGUUAAGAGGAGAAUUUCUUUAAAACAUAUAAUUUGUUUUAAAAGGGGUAAUGUAUAUUAUGGUCCAGACCCUGUGGGUAUUUUCAUCACUUUAGAUAAACAUUUGGGAAUCUUUAGGAUUGUUGGAAAUAUUUUGGAUUAUUUUACCACAUUCUUUUUAUGUAUCUUUUUAAUGCUUAUAAAUAAGCAUUACAAUAUUUUAACUUCUUAAUUGAAAGUACGCCCCAUGAUUUCAAGUACUCCGUCAUGAACUUGUAAGGAAAUUGUUUUAUUGCUAGUGUUUAAAUACUGUUCACUACUAUUCUUAAUCUCUCUCUGUCAUUCUCAGGUGGUGUUUUUUUACUCUGGAAACUGAACUUGAGUAUUACAACUGAAUAAUGAUACAAUUAGUGCAAGCCCAGUCUAAUUUUAAUUUUUAUUGAUUUUCUUUCCUGAGGUGAAUUGUAGUAAAGAAAAAGCACUGUGAAAUAAGUCCAAUAACUUGAUGAAAACAACAUGUCAGUUGCUCAGAGCAGGGUGCUGAUAAUACCAUAUCAUCAUCAAGAGUGUUUACUCAUCAAGAGUAGAUCUUAUGAAGUCUGUUAUUUGGGGAGUAAUUUAAUUAUUUGAAUAAUAUCGAUGUCUUUGAAUAAUGUACUAUAAGAAAUUGUUAAAUAUUUAAAUACUUAGACAUCACCAUAAUUUUGAGAAAUUUUGUCAUUACCUUUGGGACUAUGGGUUGGCAUGAGAACAUUUAUUUGAUCAUAUUGGUCUGUAAUGGGUUUUAGUUUAUGAGGAAGCCGCAGUGAGCUGUUCAUGCAGCAGUACCUAUUGAAAUGUUUCACCCCAAGCUUGCCAAGUCUGAGAUGUGGCACUGUGUGUCUUAUGGUAAGCUCUUUCAGAGCAGAGAGAGGGGACCCUGGGAGGGGGAGGUGUUUGGGCCAGUGUGGGUUGGCUGUGAGGUCCUUGCUGCCUGCAUGGUGCUCCUGACAGGAGCCGUGCAGGAGGCGGUUGCGCCAGAAAUGACAACUCUCACACAAACUGCUUUCAGGUGAUUUACGGUUGAGAUGCCUUUGGAUCCCUGGUGGAACUGCUUGGCAGGGCUUUGGGCUUUGUACUUAGAAACCUAAAACCCAGUUCUCUCCAAGGUAUAAGUGACAAGUUGGUAUUGAGGCAGAGCCUUCAAAAGUGUGUUUUGUUCAUCAGCUGUCGGAAUGUGUGAGGCUUCCUCCCUUAACAAAUGGUAACAAAACAGAUAAAAGCCCUUACAUGGUGUUUGAUAACAUCUUUGAAGGUCUCAGGAGGCCUGUUAACAGUUGGUUGUAUGUGGGAUUGUCUUCCAUACAGUCCUUCAACAAAGAAGUUACAAAAAUAAAUCCUAUCAGUUUUUCAGGGAGGAACAUGAAAAUGAAGGUUGCUAAGAACCCAUGAGCAGUCUGUUAUAACAAAUGAGUGCCAGGAGAUGUGGGCUUGCUUCAGGGUCUUUGCUACCACUGAGCAUUUUAAGACAAGUAUUAUAAUUUGAUCAUGAAAGGAGUAAGUUGAAAAUUGUAUCAGAAAUCACAGAGCAGUUGUGGAUAUUAUUUGUGUUUGACUGACAAUAUACCGGGGAGAGAAUGUAAUGAUACAUCCUUGUCAUUCAAAGGCUUUAUUUUUAGUCUUACUUUCACAGCUGUUGUCAUCUCCACCACUGUAAAUCAUUCAUACAUCAUUAACAAUUUAAGCUGUGCAUGUUGGUUCCUGAAGCAUGAAUUGGAGUAUAAAAUUCACUUUAUCAUCCUACUGGUAUCAAUUUAAUACAUACUGGUAUCAAUUUCUCCUUAGACCCAAAUUCUCUUUGACUCUCAAGUUGUCUACUAAGUAAUUAGCAGUAUGAAAUGAUACCUUCCUAGUGACUGAAAGACCUUCAGUUUUAGUUUAACUUAAAUUUUAUGAUUUAAUCCUUUAAUAUGUUAAGUCUUUCUCCUUUUGUUGCUUUAAAACAAAGGUGUAAUGAUCUGGAUUUAUAUGAAAUCUUACAUGAAUUUUCAUAGUUUAUAUUGCUGAGUCCUAAGGCUUCCCAUGAUUGCCAAAAAGUUGAAAGACUGUUGUAAGUACAAGCUUUGUCAUAAAACCUGAGCAAUGCACAAUUGAUUUUGAGUACUUAAAAACGAAAUACAAUGUCCCAUUGUAAAUUUUAAAUUCCCAGGUUAGGACCAGGAUAUUGAGCCCAUUGUUUUCAGACACACAAUUUUUAAAUACACAUCACUAACAAGAGUAUUGCUGUUACUUCAGGAAUUACACUGUAACCUGUUUUUGUACCUCAACUCUUUUAACUCUUUCCACAAGGGACUCAGAAUUUAAAUCUUUAGAUGCUUGAUUUUUUUAUAAGUUUCCUCUUACAGGCUAUUUUUAUUCCAAGGGCUUACAAAGAGGGGUUUUACUGAAUCCUCUUCCAUUCCUGUCACCAAGUAAACCAUGCUAUGGUUUCCCUGAUGUUCAGAAAGAGGAAAAAAAAAAGUGUUUAAAGUUUUUCUGUGCUAUGAUACUCUACAGCACUUGAUUUGCUGCUGUAUAUGCUCACUCCUGACUGUGAUUGGAAUUCAGCUAGGGAAGUUUUUUAAAGGAAGGGUCUUGUUCUAUGAGUUCUCAUGUGAAACUGAGGCAUUUUUUCUGUUGUCACUCAGGAGCAAGGUGCACACCUAAUUUAUAGUUAAAUUUGGGAAGCGUAAGUUACGUUUUAGUGUUUGUCAAUAGUGUUUUACAGAAGUUCCAGUUAUUGUCCAUGGAGAACUCUCCUUGCUUAAUAAAUGAAUUUAGAAACUGUCAUUCAGCUACCAAAAAAAUGUUUAAUUUGAAUCUUUAGAAAUGGGCCACCACAAAUAAAUUUAAUUAGGACAUGCUGUCCCAGAAAAAAUUCCUGCUUGACUUUGAAGAUCUGGAAUGAAAGUAGUUAUUAGACAACAGCCAGCUACAGGACAGAAGAGGCAGCAGGUUUUUUGGUUGUGAGUUUUGAUUUUUCAAAAUUUAAAUCAUAAUGUUUGCUUAUUUUUUUUCUUGCAUGUUGAUAUGUCAGUUCAAAGUAUAGCACAGUUCAGCAUGAAUAAAACUUAUUUAGAGUGAUGGAAAAUGGGGCAGUCAUUGAAUGUAGUACUAGCAACACUGAACUAACUAACGGUAAUAAUAUUACAUGUUAAGUUUUAAAUGCUUUAUCCUCUUCCCCAUUCUUUUUUGAUAUUUAAUUGCAUGUAAUUGAAGAAAAAGUAUCACAUGGCACAAAAACUGUCCUGAAUGUUGUUUAAUCAGAAUGUACUGUCUUCUUUCAUGCCCUACAUUUUAAUUUAGGCGUAAACUUUUCCAUACAGUUUAACUAUAAAUACUGAUUUUUAUUUAUUUUUGUAUCAGAAGACAAAUGGAUGACGCUGUGACUUUCUCUGGGUGUAGCUCACUAGAUUUUAUUGAAAUCCACCCUCUCCAUACUGUAGCAGUAUGAAAGGAAAUUCUUUUCUGCAUUUGCUUUUUUAAUGUUUAAAAAAAGCAAUCACUUGAUGAGAUUCUAAGGUUAAUGACUGACUUUUAGGAGAAACUGAGUUUGUCAUAUCUACCUCUGAAUCACACAUCCAGUGUCUGAUUCCCAAGUCAAUGCGAGUUGAUAAAUAAGGGCUUGAUUUUUGUUUUGUGUUUUUUGGGUUCUGUCUGCCUUUUUAUUUUUGUUAAUGGACCGGUCAUGUUCCUUUGUCUUCUCUGCAAUUUCAAGUGGAGAUAAUCUCAUAGCUAAAUAAACUUUUUCUGUCUCGUUCCAUACACUGAAAACAUUGUUUUUAUUUGUGACUGUAUGCUCAGAACAGUUGGAAGAUAACCUACCUAUAAUGGAAAAAUAUCAUGAGAAGAGUAAAUGCAAAAGUGAAGGGAGGAUAGAAAUACAAGUAGCCUCUCUUGUUGCAGCUUAUUCAAACUCUCAGGUGCUUACCAGGAAGGAAUGCAAGUUUUGAUCCAAAAGUUCAGAGGAGCAGGACUUGUGUGUAAAAUCCAUGGAGUCAUUCCACUUCCAGUAUCUGCAGAGGACGUGGCAGGCAGAUGGGUGAUGGAGCAUUGAAGGAGAAAUGACAUGGUGACAAAACUUGAAAGGUGUGGAGGACAUACUAAUCACAGUGGGGGUUUGUGGAGGAUGUGUUGUUUUCCCUAUGAGUUUCUGACAGCAUAGCACAGUGAAGAGAUGUCGGGAUGGGGCACAGGUUGAACAGAAACUCACAUAGCUGUGUCUGGGCCUGAGGUUACUUAUUUAUUCCAUAGGUCUUAACAGUUACCUGGCAUAGCAGGUCCAAAAUAGAUCACCAGUAGGAAAAUUACUUCUUGCUUUUUCCUCCCUUAUUCUGAUCACUGAGGUGUUUUCGAAACUCAGAAUUUUUAAUGGAAACUAGAUGUUAGUAAGUGCUAAAACAUCUGUCCCUGAGUCAAGGUUUCACACUCUCUGUUUUGCAUCCCAGACUUGUAAGGGGAAGUAUUGCUGUGGUGGGGUAAAUCUCUGUUUGGUCCCUUUAGAGGAGAGGCAGCAUCCUUCCUUUUCAUUCCAGCUGAAGUCAAAGGAAGGCUGGAGAUCUGAGCAGGGCAGGGUGAUAAAUCUGGAGAGUGGGACUUGCUGCUUCUCCUGCCAGGACAGGGCCAUUGUAAGGGACUCUCAUUCUCUGAGGGGAUGCUCCUAUAGUAAAAGCUACAUGAGCUGAAGAGAAACUAAAUCUUUCGUGGCUCCCUCUUUGCAAUGUCUCUUGACUAGGUAAGGCAACAAAACUUUGAUGGUUGUAUUGCUGGAGGUGGAAAAAUAACAGAACUUUUCUAUGACUUGAUGAUCUGCUUGUUUCUAAAUACAGUCUUCUGCCUUCAUGGACUGUGUUCAGAGCAACAGGGUAAAACUGUGCUAGUUUUAAUCACCUUCAGCAUCCUGGCAAAGAUGCUUCAAGAGAUUGUGUGUCACAUACAGAAUAGCUUUCUUCAGAAGUGGUGCUUCUUUCCGAUGCUAGUGGUCAGUUACUUUAUGAAUUGAGCUUCUGAAAUCAAUCACAAAAAUUAGAAUAAGCCUCAAUGGGCUCUUUCAAACAGCUCUUUUAAAGGAUAUGUUCCAGCUGUUCAUAUGGAUAGAUUAUUUUAACCUCUUAGUACAAUAAAAUGCUUAUAUUCAGUUAAAGCCAUCUAAUUGGAUUCCUACUCAUAGUCUCUUUUUCUUCAUAAAAAGGUAAUGGUGUGUCUUGACUUUUAUUUUAUUGCAGUCUGGCCUAUUUCAAUUGAGCUUAACUUCAUUAGGGAGUGCUUAACUUGGAUAGAAACAAAGCUUAUUUUCUUACUUGUGUUAAUAUGGCACUAAUAAUUCACUGAACAAGCCUAAACCUGUGAGGAUGAGAGCAAGGUCAACAUGAACUACCAUGUUAUAAUUUAAGAUUAAGUGUAUGUAGCUUUUAGACAAAGAUAAUUCCUGUGAAUAUGUGCAAUAGGAAGGCCUGGAGGAAGUUUGAAAAGAUAAAUUUGCAUGUGGUAGAACAUUCAGAGACCUCUCCACAGUGGUAUAUAGGCAAAGGCACAUUGUACACAUCAGCUCAUGCUGCCCUUGUUUUCAAUUUUCAUAAGGGUUCAUUUGUUGCAGUCUGAAAGUCAGUGGGAUGUGAGGAACCUUCACAGGACCCUGUCUGAGCUUGGCAGCCAGCAGUGCUCACAGGGACCACAGCUAUCUAUUUGUUCUUUAAACACCGCCUUUUGUGUCAUUCACAUUCCUCAUGACUUGAAAAUAACUAAGAAAAUGUUCCAACAAUUCACAACUAGUGUGUCACUCAGUAGAAUUUGAUUGUAUUGGGCUGUACUUGUGAGGUAGCUCUUGGAAAAAAUCUUUGAUGGCAAGGCUUUCUUGGAUUUCUUCCACAUGGAAUCCUAACUGUGACUUAAAUCUGUAUUGCAUAAGAUUUCUUUUGUGAUAGAUUAAUUUCUUAAUUGUUACAGUUGCAUAAAACAGAUUUGUUUUCCUCUCAGUCUGUCCAGCUUCCUCACGACAGACAGGAAUUCUGAGCAUUUGAAUAUCCUGAUAAUAAUAUCCUUUUUGAAAGGAUUGAAGUGUCACGUUGAAAUUAUAGAGUUUCUUAACUAGGCUAUCAAGCAUAAGGCUGAUGUGUUGCAUUGUAUUCCCUUCCCUGGAAGUGUUUCGGGUAACAUGGUUAUAUGCAAUAUAUAUUAAGCCCUAAGUAAUAAAAAUUAACUGAAUUAUCUAGCUAGCUUUGGUAUUUAUUCUGUGCUUGGUCAAGAAAUUGGGUUAAGUGCAAGGUAUGUAUAGAGCCAUGAGCAGUACAGUAACACAAAACAUUUUGUUAUCAUUGUUACUUGUUGCCUUUUGGAUGGUGUCAAGGUUGACUUAGAUUCUCAUAGUUAGCAAUCAAACUUGUCCAUAAUCUCAUUGAAUAGAUUAAAAUAAUGCAGCAUUUUGUGGAAAAGGACUGUGUGCAUUUGUAAUGGUAGGCAAUCUCUAAAAUAAAAAGUAAAUAAUUUGAGAUUUAAAAUGAAAAUUAUGGUAUUGUGUAAUUUUUUGUUACUAUUUUAAAUAUUUUUUUUAGAUGCAUACUAUGACUGUCUUCACUAAUGAUUCCUCUUAAUGGAAAAGCAAUAAAAAUGUACAGUCCUGCUCUAGGGUAUUUGAAAAUUGCCUCAAGUUUUCUAAGUAGCUCAAGGCAUUUUGACAUGGUUGCUUCUGAAUUCAUUACAUGGACAUUUCCCAUCCUUAUGGUAUUGAUUUGGCAUGCUCUGGAAUCAUGAUGGUUGUGAAGUCCCUGGCUGGCAGUGGAGAAUUAAUGUUUGGUGUGACAGAAAGAUCACCCAAGAAAAGUGGGAAAAUAGCUGAAAUAGCUGGAUGUUUCUGUUAAAAUGUGUCAGUGCUUGGCUAAAAUUAUGGCACUUAAACAGAUUUACAUUUUGAACUAUGAAAAAGAAAGCAUUUGGGUUCCAGCUGGUAAUUAACCCCUACCACUUUUUCCCUGGCCUCAGCUCCUCUGGCAGGGUAUUUCAGUGUUGCUCUAAAAUGUAAAAUAAAGAUGGUUGAAAAUGAUCUCAGGUGGAGUAAUUUUCAGUAAGAGAAAAGUCUGGGGACAGCAGAAAGCCUGAUAUAGGGUCAUUCCUGCCAGAUACAACUGGUGUAAAUGACUGCUGCUGCCUCCCAGAGCAAGAUAACCUGCUCAGUCAGCUGGAGCCCCCUGCGGACAGCUGUCUCGCUUUUAGCUGAUGGAAAACUGCUAUAACCGCUGAAUGGAAGAGCGUGGAGCAGCGACCAUACCAGCACGAGGAGCUGCUGCAGCAGCAGCAGCCAGAGCCAGCGAGGACUCUAUUGUUCCCUGGUGUUAAACAGUUUUUCCUUUUCAACUGCCAUGCACAACAGCGGGAGAGAGGUUUCCAGUCCCUUUCUCCCCGUGAAGAAAUUCUGAGGAGGGGAGGAUCGUUUGGGGAAGGCUUCGUGGUGGUGCUGCGGGUUUUGGACGCAGCAGCAGGCUGCCGGAGGCAUGGGGCUGAGCGAGGGGAGCGCUUCUCUCUGCCGUGGUCCAGGGGUUUCUGCCGUGCCCGCUCGGUGCGUGGGAGUUCUCAUGCUUCUGCUGCUGCUGGGAAUCUGGGACGCUCGAGCACAAAGUGAAUUUCAAACUUCAUCAGUGUAUUUGUGGAAGACUGGUCCAUGGGGGAGAUGCAUGGGAGAUGAAUGCGGUCCAGGAGGCAUCCAGACGCGAGCGGUGUGGUGUGCCCACGUGGAGGGCUGGACCACGCUGCCCACGAACUGCAGGCAGCCCGAGCGGCCCGACAACCAGCAGAGCUGUUUCCGUGUCUGUGACUGGCACAAGGAACUGUACGACUGGCAGAUCGGCAGCUGGAACCAGUGCCGGCCUGUCCUCUCCCGCAGCCACGAGAAGCCCCUGGAGUGCCUCAGAGGGGAGGAAGGGAUCCAGACAAGGGAUAUCACCUGUAUACAGAAGUCCAACGGGGUUCCAGCUGAAGAUGUCAUCUGCGAGUACUUUGAGCCGAAGCCGCGGCAGGAGCAGGCGUGCCUCAUCCCGUGCCGGCAGGACUGCAUCGUGGCCGAGUUCUCGCCCUGGUCCGAGUGCUCCAAGACCUGUGGCAAUGGGCUCCAGCAUCGGACUCGGCACGUGGUGGCUCCGCCGCAGUUCGGCGGAUCAGCUUGCCCCAACCUCACGGAAUUCCAGAUGUGCCAGUCCAGCCCGUGCGCUGUUGAAGAAAGCCUGUACAGCCUAAACGUGGGACCAUGGAGCGCAUGCUCGGUGCCCCAUUCAAGACAAAUAAGGCAAGCAAGGAAAAGAGGGAAGAACAAAGACAAGGAAAAGGACAGAGAAAAGGCGGUUCGAGAUCCUGAGGCUCGUGAAUUAAUUAAGAAGAAGAGGAAUCGUAACAGACAGAAUAGACAGGAGAACAAAUACUGGGACAUACAAAUUGGGUACCAAACAAGGCAGGUCACGUGUACUCACAGAAAUGGGAAAACUGCUGCUCUGAGCUUCUGCAAUCAGGAAAAGCUGCCCAUCACAUUUCAGUCCUGUGUGAUCACGAAGGAGUGCCAGGUGUCAGAGUGGUCAGAAUGGACCCCCUGCUCCAAAACCUGCUUUGACAUGACAACCCCUAAAGGGAAUCGUACAAGAUCACGGACCAUUAAGCAGCUCCCCGUUGGCAGCGAGAGCGAAUGCCCACAAUUGGAAGAAGCAGAGCAGUGUGUUUCUCAAGGAGAUGGUGUAGCACCCUGCAUUACGUAUGGCUGGCGCAGCACUGAGUGGACAGAAUGCCGCGUGGAUCCUCUCCUCAGCCAGCAGGACAAGAGGCGAGGAAAUCAGACAGCGCUGUGCGGGGGUGGCAUUCAAACCAGGGAGGUGUACUGUGUGCAGGCCAACGAAAAUCUCCUCUCCUACCUAAAUACCCUCAAGGAUAAAGAAGAAAGUCAGUCACAGAGCAAGUCGAAGGCUAGUGCUGCACCUCUGCUAUCAAUCACUUUUGAAAUAACAGCUUCAAGGCCAGUAGACCGUAAACUGUGUACAGGACCUCUUCCCAGCACCUCCCAGCUGUGCCAUGUUCCCUGUCCUACAGAGUGCGAGACCUCAGCAUGGUCAGCCUGGGGACCAUGCACCUAUGAAAGCUGUGACGACCCUCAGGCCAAGAAGGGCUUUAAACUAAGGAAACGUCGCAUCACCAAUGAGCCUACAGGAGGAACAGGAAACUGUCCUCACCUUUUGGAAGCCAUCCCAUGUGAAGAGCCUUCUUGCUAUGACUGGAGAAUAACAGGGCUGGAGGAAUGCAUUCCUGACAAUGAAAAGCCAUGUGGCCCUGGUACACAGGUUCCUGUUGUUGUCUGCAUCAACAGUGAUGGAGAAGAGGUUGACAGGCAGCUGUGCAGAGAUGCCAUCUACCCGAUCCCGGUGGUGUGCGAAGCGCCGUGCCCGAAGGACUGCGUGCUCAGCGCGUGGUCGGCCUGGUCCUCCUGCUCGCACACCUGCUCCGGCAAAACCACAGAAGGGAAGCAGAUGCGCGCCCGCUCCGUCCUGGCCUAUGCAGGAGAAGGAGGAAUGCAGUGCCCGAACAGUAGUGCCCUGCAGGAAACACGCAGCUGUAACGAGCACUCUUGCACUGUGUAUCAUUGGCAGACUGGCCCGUGGGGACAGUGCAUAGAGGACACGUCUGUCUCUGCUUUCAACUCCUCUGCCAGCUGGAACGGGGAGGCCACCUGUUCUGUGGGGAUGCAGACAAGAAAGGUCAUCUGUGUGAGAGUCAACGUGGGACAAGUAGGCCCAAAAAAAUGCCCUGAAAGUCUUCGACCUGAAACUGUGAGACCUUGUCUGCUUCCCUGUAGGAAGGACUGCAUUGUGACUCCAUUCAGUGACUGGACACCCUGUCCUUCUUCAUGUCAAGAAGGGGGUGUCACAGUAAGGAAGCAGUCUCGUCACCGAGUCAUCAUCCAGCUCCCUGCCAAUGGUGGUCGGGAGUGCCCAGAUUCUUUGUUUGAGGAAAGGGAAUGUGAAGCUUCUCCUGUUUGUCAUAGCUACAGGUGGAAGACUCACAAAUGGCGCAGGUGCCAGCUGGUACCAUGGUACGUGCGCCAAGACAGUCCAGGAGCACAGGAGACUUGUGGACCUGGGCUGCAAGCAAGAGCAAUUACUUGUCGCAGACAAGAUGGAGGACAAGCUGACAUCAGUGAGUGCCUUAAAUACUCUGGCCCAUUACCACCCUUAACACAGAUGUGCCAGAUUCCCUGCCAAGACGACUGUCAGUUUACGAACUGGUCAAAAUUUUCUCCCUGUAAUGGGGACUGUGGAGGAGUCAGGACAAGAAAACGCACUCUUGUUGGAAAAAGUAAGAAAAAGGACAAAUGUAGAAAUUCUCAGUUGUAUCCUCUGAUUGAGAAUCAGUUUUGCCCGUGUGACAAGUACAGCGCUCAGCCUGUGGGAAAUUGGUCAGACUGUAUUUUACCAGAGGGUAAGAUGGAAGUGCUGCUGGGAAUGAAGGUACAAGGAGACGUUAAGGAAUGUGGACAAGGCUAUCGUUACCAGGCCAUGGCGUGCUAUGACCAAAACAAUCGACUUGUGGAAACCUCACGAUGCAACAGUCACGGGUAUAUUGAGGAAGCCUGUAUUAUUCCAUGUCCCUCAGACUGCAAGCUCAGUGAGUGGUCCAACUGGUCUCGCUGUAGUAAAUCCUGCGGGAGUGGAGUAAAAGUUCGGUCUAAAUGGCUUCGUGAAAAACCCUACAAUGGUGGAAGACCCUGUCCAAAGCUAGAUCAUGUCAACCAGGCACAGGUGUAUGAGGUAGUCCCCUGCCACAGUGACUGCAGCCAGUACAUAUGGGUAACUGAGCCCUGGAGUGUCUGCAAGGUCACCAACGUGGACUUAAAAGAGAAUUGUGGAGAAGGUGUUCAAACAAGGAAAGUCAGGUGCAUGCUAAACACUGUGGAUGGUCCUUCUGACACAGUAGAAGACUAUCUGUGUGAUCCUGAAGAUAUGCCACUUGGUGCUAGAAAAUGCACGUUGCCAUGUCCUGAGGACUGUGUUAUGUCUGAAUGGGGAUCAUGGUCUCAGUGUUCUUUGCCAUGCAAUGGAAGCAGUGUCCGUGAAAGGUCAGCUGAAUGCCUUAGACAACCAGAUGAUGGAAAGCCUUGUCCUGCUGCCACCGAGUCAGAAGCCUGCACUUUGAACAAGAACUGCUACCACUAUGACUACAAUGUGACAGACUGGAGCACGUGUCAGCUCAGCGAGAAGGCUGUCUGUGGCAGCGGUAUCAAAACGCGGAUGCUCGAUUGCGUUCGCAGUGAUGGCAAAUCGGUUGACCUGAAAUACUGUGAAGAGCUUGGUUUGGAAAAGACAUGGCAAAUGAAUAUGUCCUGCGUGGUGGAAUGUCCUGUGAACUGUCAGCUCUCUGACUGGUCCACUUGGUCUGAGUGCUCUCAAACAUGUGGCCUUACAGGAAAAAUGAUCCGAAGAAGAACCAUAAAUCAGCCAUUUCAGGGUGAUGGGAGACCUUGUCCUUCUCAGAUGGAGCAAUUCAAACCUUGUCCAGUAAAACCUUGUUAUCGAUGGCAAUAUGGUCAAUGGUCUACAUGCAAAGUAGAGGAUGCUCAGUGUGGAGAGGGAACACGAGUGAGGAACAUCUCCUGUGUGGUUUAUGAUGGAUCCAUUGAAGAUGUUGGCAAAGUAGUAGAUGAGGAAUUCUGUGGAGAAAUAGAGCCUAUUAUAGAUGGUGAUAAGAAGAUAAUACUUGAGGAAACCUGCACUUUCCCUUGUCCAGGGGACUGUUACUUGAGAGAGUGGUCAGAAUGGAGCCUUUGCCAGCUAACCUGUUUUAAUGGUGAGGAUCUUGGUUUUGGAGGAGUACAAGUCCGAUCUAGAGCAGUGAUCAUUCAGGACUUAGAGAAUCGACAUCUUUGUCCAGAACAGGCUUUGGAAACAAGACCAUGCAAUGAUGGGCAGUGCUAUGAGUACAAGUGGAUGGCUAGCCCAUGGAAGGGAUCCUCUAGGACCGUGUGGUGCCAAAGGUCAGAUGGUUUAAACGUCACAGGGGGCUGUUUAGUGAUGCGCCAACCAGAUGCUGACAGGUCAUGUAACCCACCGUGCAGCCAACCCCACGCUUACUGCAGUGAGACUAGGACAUGCAGUUGUGAAGACGGAUACACUGAAGUGAUGUCCUCCGAUGGCACACUCGAGCAGUGCACUCUCAUCCCAGUGGUGGUGAUCCCCACCAUGGAGGACAAAAAGGGAGAUGUGAAAACCAGUCGAGCUGUGAACCCUACCCAGCCUUCCAGUAACCAGACAGGACGAGGAAGGACCUGGUUUCUGCAGCCUUUUGGGCCAGAUGGGAGGCUGAAGACCUGGGUUUAUGGUGUAGCUGCUGGUGCAUUUGUUUUACUCAUCUUUAUUGUUUCUAUGAUCUAUCUAGCCUGCAAAAAGCCAAAGAAGCCCCAGAGAAGGCAGAACAACCGACUGAAACCUUUAACCUUGGCUUAUGAUGGAGACGCAGACAUGUAAACUACGACUUCUCAUGGAGACAAAUGGAGUUUAAACUAUAGGAAUGAAAUCAGAAGGUGUCCAAAGCCACAGGGAUUUUCUAUGGAGUGGAUUAAGUGUUUUGAAUUUUUCUUUUUUGUAACUGCACCAUUGAUAAAGAAGGAUGGAUUUCACAAUGCCUACUGAUAUUCAAGGUAUUAUUGCUUUACUUUAGACCAUCAGCACCGAGAAAUCAGGCAGAAUCACAUUAAUAGACACUGCAGUUGGAGAUUUGUGGUGUUUCCUCAGUCUUAGAACUGAGCACCACUUCUGCCUCCAGAAUACUGUAUCUGACAUAGUAUUAACACUUGGAAGCCCCUGCAUCAUUAACCAAGUAUAAUCAGUACGCAUGAGGAGUUUGUACCAAGCUAUGACUCUUUAUAUUCAAACAUAACAUAUAUACUUGAUUGAACCAUAUGUAUUAUUCUAUCAGAUUAUAUACGUGAUGAAGAGCAUUUUAGUGCUUAGUACAAUAUUAACUUUUAACUGGGAUUAACCCACUGAGCAAGUUCAACAGUUUGCCAGUUGAUGAUAACUUGUGUUCACCUGUGUUUCAGAGGGCAAUGACUCACUUGCAAAAUUCUGUCCUGCUACCACUCCAAAUUAUAAAGGCCUCAUGUCUACAUCCAGAGAGGAGGCAUUGUCAGAUUCACUAUUUUCUAGUGGUUGGUGUCUGGAAAAAAUACCUGCUGAAAAUGUUACAAUACGUUUCUACUUUCUCUAACUCAAACUGUUGCCUGCAUAUUUUUUGCUACAUGUAAGGCAAAUUUUUGCACUAUAUUAGUGCAGCAUGAUAUGCACUUAACUAGUAUUGCCAUAGAAACUGCCUCUUUUCGGAAAGGAUAAUGAUGUAUCUAGUGCAAGGAUUGUCAAGUAGACAGGUCUUGAAUCCUGAAGAGAGUAGUGUUCAGUUUGGACUGCGACGGGAUGGAAUCAGCUACGACAUUUGCUGUACACGCACCGUUCCUCAUCACAGCAGCCAUUUGUACUCUACACCAUGGCAGUAAUACAAGUGUCUAGUUUCUUGCCCCAUCUACCUAUACUGGUAUAGAUUGUCCUGCUGGUUUCUAAUUGUACUUUGAAGGCUGUUUAUGACUAGAUUUUUUAUAUUUGUUAACUUUGUUAGAAAAAAAAGAAAAGAAAAAGAAAAGUGGUUGCCCUGUAAUCUUGAGUGACAUACUUCUUGUCUAAAAAGGUAUUCUGAUUGUUCAACUAAAAUAAAAUGGUUUUUCUUUUCUUUCCUUCUGUUAAUGAGAGCUCUUUCACUGUUACUGGCAGUGUAAUACUCAGAGACGUUUUGUCUUUUCUAAUUGGGAUCAUUCAAUAGACUCUUUUAAUUAUUCAGUUAAACUCCUGAGUGUACUGGCAAGUAAAAAAUAAGAUCAAUAGUUCUGCCAUUGUAAUACUCAUGACUUUUUAAAAAACUCUGGCAGUAUGAAAACUCACUGUUAACCUCUUCCAUGCUUAUGGCUUUUCAGUGUUAGGCUUCAACAUGAAGCUCAUUGACUUGCCACUCAUGUGACAUGGCUGUUACGGAGGUGCUCCAUGACCUGAGAAGGGUUAUUCUCCUCAAAUGGCUUCUGUGUGCAGCCAGAGCGUACAAGUGACUGUGCCACUGCUAAGCAAUACAAAACUUUAUCAGGCAACCUCUCAAAAAUAGUUGUUACAUAAAGUUCAAUAUUAGGUUCUCAGGUCUUUUUUAUAACCUAAACCACUUCUGCCUACUCAUCACUCUAUUUACUCAAGAAGCACCAGUUUUUGCACACUGAAUAAAACUAGCUUUGCAAACUUUGGCCCAGAUCCACUGAAAUCAAUUACAAGACUCUCAUGGACAUCAAUGGGUAAUAUCAGCUCUUAAAAAUACACGCCUUUGUUCUACGUAGAAUAAUUCUUGAAACCAAUGAACAUUUUGUGGUUAUUCAAGAGAGAUUAUGGUCCUACUUUAACUUAGCUGCCAUAUUAUCAGUGUGGUGUUACUGCAUCAAGAAAAUUACCUUCAUCCCACUGUGUAGGUAUUCCCCAAAUGGGAAUGAUGAGCAGAGGAACAAUGGUAACAAUACUUGGUGCAGGUUUAAUUUCUCAUUUUAUACCUUGAUCCAGCUGCAGCUGAUGAAGUUUCAUGGCCACCUGCCACUGCAGUGGUGCGUUCAUAUAUGUAUUUCAGGACUGGAGUAUUCAGUCUUAUGUCACUUUGUAAAGGUCCAUUGCAAAAAUACAAAUCUUGAUAAUUUUAAUUUUCAUCAUUCUUGAGUAGAGAACAAGAAAAACCUGUUUGAUUCCUGUUUUGUCAGACACAAAAAAAAAAACCCUUGGAAAAAUUAUAAAGUAUUAAAGAACAAUAACUACACGUGGAGACAAAUUUUAAUAAUCAUUUCUGGUUUUUAAAACGUCUGAUUCUGUGCUGUCGAAUAGUUUUGGACCAAGAGGGCAUUGAGGGAACAGGGUUUCUUUCAUUGGCGAUAAGUCUUCUUUAUGACACUGGCUGGUCUUAGCAGGAGCUGUUGCCUAGUUCUUGCCUUGAAGAAUUUUAUGCCCUAAAUCUAAGCAUUUAAUAACUUAAAGGUAUGACAUCUCCAUUUCCUUACCACAUUAAAUGGAUGGACAGAGAGAUAGGAGGGUUUUUUAAAGUCUGUUUGGCCUUUGCAAUCCAUGCAAGUGUUUUAGUAUGUGUUACAUUUUAUAUCUGAUCAGUGAAUAUCUGGUGCACAUCUGCAUCAUACUAGUGCUGCAUUUAAAAUCUAGAGUGCGUUUUUAUUAUUAUUUUUUCUAUGAACAGAGUGCAUGGAAAUUUGAAGCCAGAGCGGCUUCCCUCAUUAUUAAGAAAAAAAUACUAGGCUGUAAGGAAAGCUGAAAUUUUAUGUAAAUCUAAAUGUUGCAAAGGUGAUCAAGCCCUCUAGCAUUGAAACAGAAGUAAAUAAUAUGUGAAUUAUCAAUGUAGAAUGAAAAGCAAUUUGCUUUAAAAAUCAGAGUGCUUCUACAAAUCCAGUGCCUAAAGCAGCCACUACUGUAGAUUAUUAGUUUGUGAAAGUAAUGUUUCCAGUGAUCAAAUAAACCAUUCAGAAAAUAGCAAAGUAGGUAUUUUCCUGUUGAUGUGGUGGUUUAUAUUUUUCUUUUUAAAACUGUAGUUUCUAGCUUACUGUGUCUGCUUUGAGUCCUGGAGCAGUUCCUUUUUGAAGCUUUGAUGCAACUGCACAAGCCUAUUUAUAGUUGGUAUAAAGCAUCAAUUUUGAAACCCCCUUCCUCCUGCCAAAAUGUAAUAAAGUUUUUUUUCCAAUCUUACAAUUUGAAGAGAGCAAUUUAAAAACUCUAUGUGUAAAUCACUGUAAAAUAUACCUUGAAUUAAAUGGAAAUCUGUCUUUUUACCUUUAUGUAAAUCGUUAAGAGUUAAAAGUUUAUUUUGCCUAACUUAAUUUACUUGAAUAUUUAUUUUGUAGAACGAGGAGGCAGCUGUCUGAGGAAUGUUUACUUUUUUUUUGUUAAUGUUAAUUUGUAAAUUCUGUAAUGCAUUUUUAUUUUUUAAAUUAUGUACAUUUCUUUUUUAAUGCACAAAAUGUUUACGUACAACUACUACUGCAAAUUUGUGUAUAUUGUCACUAAGCUUUAUUCAGUUAAUACAGAUGAUGUGAAAAUGUAGCAAGUCUUACAUUUUCAUCUGGGUUAUUUUUACAUAACUGAUGUAUUGCUGACAAUAAAUAUAAACACAAAAUCAUUUAAUGUCAUUUUUUUAAAAAUAAAUGUAGUAUUCUAUGCUGGGAUAGAGUAACAAUAAAAGCCAGAUCCCUAAAAUAUGACCAGCUUUUAAAUAGUCUCUUCUUUUUUCUGAAAGGCAUUAGCAAACAUAUUCUUGUUAAAAAUUAGUCUUUCUAUUUAAAAAGAAAAAUACUUUCUGAUGCUAUAGUAAAAUCAAGUCUGUUGCUACAGUCCUAGUUGACCUGGAAAUUUACAAAACAUAUUUUGUCGAUUGAUAAAUAUCCAAUAAAUGAAAUUUUGAAAAAUAA